AUGCCGGAGGAGAAGAACGGCUGCGUUGUGGGCUGUCAGCUGGCCCACAUAAAGCCCGAGGAUGGCGUCUCGGUGACCGCACAGGGCUACACCCGUGUCUGUUUUGAUUCAAUGGGACUUCUGCAGGUGACUGCUCGUUGUUGGCGGCUUGAUUCUCUCUUUAACUUACAUGUCUCCUUGAUAGAAGUCUCACUGAUUCGCUUUAUCGGCCGAGGAACCUCAAAAGCUGAAAGCCUGACGCUUGAGACAUGGUACUCAUACGCCAACCCUGUCAACAGGCACCUGGACCUCCCUGUGGCCUACAAAGUGCUACGCCAUUACACGUCAUGCUCACGGCCGAACUGCACCUACUUCCAUCCACCGAAGCACAUUCGUGAUCAAAUAAUAGCCAGACGUCAUGCGCAGUACCUUCGUGAGAAGCAGACCAGGGAGGCGGAGGAACUUCUGACAGCGCAUCCGUUUUCCCUGCUGACGCAAACUCCGCCACAGCAGGAGAACCUCUUUCCGAACGUACACAAUCUGCAGGAGACGACAAACGGUCUUCAGCUGACAGCUGGCAGCGACCCUAGCGUCCAGCAUGAUGCAGUCCCAGCUCAGUCGGAUGACGCCUCCGGCCGUCAUGUUUCCGUCCCCCUGCCUACCGAAUUCCUCUCAUCCGAUUACCGACCUGAACGCCUUCCCAGUGAACUUCCCCUCAUUCUCAGGCUGUGA